AUGCCUCCGAUCACGAAUUUUUUCAAACCACCCGCCUUCUCGCGCUUGUCACAACCCCCGACCCCGGAGAGAAAUAAAAGCAAACCCCAGCCAAAACAGCCCUCGCAAGCCCCGUCGUCCCCGCCAUCCGAUCCCCCGCCAUCUUCGAGAAUAGAUCUGACCUGGGAAGAUCAAGAUGACCCGGGAAGCCAGCUGGGUGCAUCCCUUUUGCAGUCAAUAAGCAACAAUACUCAUUCGUCUCUUCCGCCCGAACAAAGCUUUCAAAGUCCCGAGUCGGCACCACCACCACCACCACCACCACCUUCAUCUCUUGGAAGCUUCAUUGCCUCGCAACGCAUCGUCAAAGAUGGCAAAGAAGUCGUGAUCAGUUCAGAUGGAGAGGAUACAGACUCAGCAGACUCACUCGAUGAUCCCAGCUUCUUGCUUGGGCCGAAGUUUAGGCAGCAAAAGCAAGAGAUCAAGCCGAUCCGAGUCGAAAAGGCAUACCUGCAAACGCUUUCGGUCCCAACGAAAUACAAAAACUCUUUAGACUCGCUUGUACAUUCUGCUCUUGGCGACCAAAAGACUGAAGCAAACGUCGCUAAGAUCAGGGCGGGUUUCGAGCCAAGUGACAGUCGAGCUGUGUCUGGUCAAGACGCGGGAUCAAAGACAAAGAAUGACGUUCAAGGAGUGUUAACAUCGGCUCUGAGGGAGUCUGAGGAUGGAAAAGACUUCCGACGUCUGAUGGAUGCCAUUCGAAGAACUGAGGCUCUCGACCAGGACCGCAUCUGGCGCUUCUUCGAUCAGGUGCAGAUGACGCCGGCCGCACCAGAGUUCCCACGAGAUCUAUUUCCGCCCAACUCUUACCUGUGCGCCCUACGAGAAACCAACUCUCGAGUUCGUGCUUUCCAAUCGGGCAUCUUAGAAUAUGCUGCAUCGUUGCGGCAACUGCCCGAUGAGCUUCUUUGCUGGCUCUUCCGCUCAAUCCCACUCGAGCCCCGGGAUGAGUUAAGGCAAGCUUAUUGCCGGAUCUUCACGCAAACGCCCGCUCAACGUGUGGAGAAUCUCAUUCAUCCGGAUGAUAUCGAUGGACUAUUUCGGCAAAUGGGUGCCAGGCCGCAAGCACUGGAUCUCACAGACAGUGUCGUAGAGGAUACUUACGAACAAAUCUCCCAGAAGCCUCAGCUCAAAGUACGAGGGGUCCUUUUCUCUACUUUUGAUUUGCUCCAGGAUGCUGCCGACUUGUUUUCGAUUGAUACUCGAGAGCGCGCAAUUCAGAUCUUGCUGCGUAUGACACUAGACACAUCAUUGACGGCGGAUAAUCUCAUUCAUUCCGAGCUACAAAGCGCUCUCAGUGCUCUUCUGGAAAGAGUGCCUGAAGCUGAUACCGAAGAGAUGGAUCGUCGAAUCUGUGCAACGGUGUAUGGGACUGUCAAGGAUCCCCAAUUCCAAAGCCGCAUGCUGCACCAUAUUCUUCCCACGUCGGCCUGGAUUUCACUGCUGCGGUACCGCCUCGGCGUGGCUUUUCUUCUUAAGAGCCCGGAGGCCUUGACAGAAACUCCUGCGGCGGUUCUCGACCUUAAACGCCUCACCCUCUUCUUGAUCCAAGACGACCGAUUUCAUAAGCAACUACGCAAUCCAAAAGACGAAUAUGACUAUAGCGAGCUAACUGCCAUUGCUCUUCUCCUGGACGUUGUCGUCAACUCCGCUCCGUACUCCUUGAGAUGCGCUCAAGUGGAACCGGCGAAGGAGCUUGACGCUAUCAUCGACAAGCUGGCAACGCAGAUCAAAAAGAUAUUCAGCUCGAUUCAAGACUCUGGCGCUUCUCAUCUCAAACGCAUGCUGGCUAAGGAAGCCUUGGAGGCGCUCCACUAUCGAGUGCUUUACGCGGUCCGGUCCAAACCGCCUCCCAAGAAGACCCUCUUCAAACACUAUGGCUUGGAGCAGCAAGAUGGCAACAUUCGCAAUAUAUUUAGGCCCAAAGAUACUAAAGAUACCACUGAUGACGGGAUAUCGAGUUCCGCAGAUACGACCGAGCGUACAGCCAUGCCUAUCCGAGGGCACUAA